AUCGUAAUCGUUUAUUCACAACUUGCUAGCAAUUAACGGAUUCAUUGUAGAUAGGGUCUGAAGUCUGAACCAAGAAUUUAAGAAUCCGUCUAAAAUGGAUUGACAUGGACCGACCCGAAUCCAGAUCUUCGUAAUCCCUGUCGCGCUGUCGCGGUCGGCAAAGCCCUCUGGUUCAGAGUAUAGCACAACUAUGGAGCGCAAUGUAUGUUGCUUCUCCUCAUCCACUGUCUUUCUCGGCUCACCGCUCACCCAUUCGAAGAAAUUCCCUGAAGAGCUAAGAAAUCAGACGACUAAAAAAGUCCUUAGAAUUUUCUCAGGGAAGUCUAUCCCGGAGAUUGCUUCACAAGAAGUACGAAAAGGCUCCAAGAAGGACCUCUCCCGGCUUCUCCGAACGGAGGCUGCUAUCAAAGCUAUUGAGAGUAAAGCAAACUCUAGCAAGUACAAUAACCUCUGGCCUAAGGCUGUCUUGGAGGCUCUUGAUGAUGCUAUUAAGGAAAACCGUUGGGAGUCUGCUCUUAAGAUUUUUGGUCUUCUCCGUAAGCAACAUUGGUAUGAGCCAAGAUCUAGGACAUAUGCAAGGCUUUUUGUAAUGCUUGGUAACUGCAAGCAGCCAAAUCAAGCCAGCUUACUUUUUGAGAUCUUAAGGUCAGAUGGGCUUCAACCAACAGUGGAUAUUUACACCGCACUUGCAAGUGCAUAUGGUCUUAGUGGCUUAGUUGAUGAAGCAUUACAUUUGAUUCAUGAUAUGAAUUCAAUCUCGGAUUGCAAGCCUGAUGUCUAUACUUACUCAAUACUCAUCAAAUGCUGCACAAAGUUCCAUCGCUUUGAUAUGAUUGAUCAAAUUCUAGGCGAAAUGUCAUAUUUUGGAAUCCAAUGUAGUAAUGUGACGUACAAUACUAUAAUCGAUGGGUAUGGAAAAGCUAAUCUUUUCGAGAAAAUGGAAUACUCUUUGCUAGAGAUGAUCAAGAGUGACACGAGCCUGCCUGAUGUAUUCACUUUAAAUUCAGUUAUUGGGUCUUAUGGUAGUGGUGGAAACAUUGAGAAAAUGGAGAAGUGGUUUGAUGAGUUUCAGCUUAUGGGAAUAAAGCCGGAUAUCAUGACAUUUAACAUACUAAUUAAGGCUUAUGGGAAAGCGAAGCUAUAUGAAAAAAUGGGACUUGUGCUUGAUUACAUGAGGAAACGGUUCUACAUCCCAACAAAUGUGACUUAUAAUAUAGUUAUUGAGACAUUCGGCAAAGUGGGAAAUAUCGAUAAGAUGGAAGAGUUUUUCUUGGAAAUGAAGCAUAAGGGAAUGAAACCUAAUUCAAUCACAUAUUGCUCUCUGAUUAGUGCUUAUAGUAGAGCCGGGUUCUUAGAAAAGGUUGACUCAAUUAUGAGGCAAGUAGAGAACUCAGAUGUGGUUUUGGAUACCACAUUUUUUAAUUGUGCUAUCAAUGCUUAUGGCCAAGCUGGUGAUAUAGAGAGGAUGGUUGAGUUGUUUUUCGAAAUGAAGGUCAAACAAUGCAGACCAGACAAUAUCACCUUUGCUACCAUGAUAAAGGCAUACGAUGCACAAGAGAUGUUUGAGGCUUCUAAAGAUCUACAAACUAGAAUGCUCUCUGCUAGCGACUGUCUAGAGACAAAGUUAAUUGAAUCGCCGCUUGAUUAGUUGGCUGUUGGCAUGUGGAGGGGUGAACCUCUUGGACUUCUUACUCUGGGAAGUUCUUUGCAUAUAUCUUACUCUGGAAGACUGGAAGUAUUGCAGCUUGUUUUCUGCCAAAGUUGAUACUCAAGCAUCUUACUUGAUACUCCGUCUGUUCCAUAUAAAGCCCAGCGAGCAGGUUUCAGAGUGCCACUUCAUCGUCGUUCAAGCGAUGCCAUCUUUGCUGACUUCCAUCAUGUGAGGGACACUCCUACAGGGGUGAAGAUGAAUCCAACACCAGUGAAGGUGGCUCCACCCGUGGCGAAGACAGUGACUCCACUACCAGUGAAGGCGACUCCACCAUGAAGACCUCAAUGUUAGAGUCAACAACAAUCGACUUCCAUCUUCUCCUUCUCUAAAUUCAACAAGCAUAAGGGGUGGCGUGGCUGGGGAACAAAUUAUGGCUAUGGUUCUGCAUGAUUUCAAGAUAUUGAGGACGGAUUCAUGGGGCUAGGUAUCUGUCCAAUGAGUCACUACCGAUGGUCCAGUUUGGGGGGUAACAGAUUACUGUGGUGUGGCUCCAAAGUUGUGUCAUUGGAGGCAUGGUCGAUUGUUGAUUUGAGGGUGAUCAAAUGAUGUCCCAAGGCUUUUGGGCUGUGGCGGUAGUCUCAUUGAGUCACUGUGCAGUGCUAUCACCGGGUGAGGCCACGCAUCUAGGUCACUGGAUUACAGAAGUCGCUGUCAAUCGAUCAUUGGGGGUCACACGUCGUCAGGUUCUAUGGUACCCCUAAGGUUCAUAGGGUUCAAUGGGAUCCCUCAUAGCAAUUGGCGGAAUGAGUCGUUUUUGUUGCUUUGAAAGUUAGCGGGUCGCUACAAUUUUACAUGGCUUAUAAUGGAGGAUUUUAAUGACAUCAAUAACUGGAAGAGGGGUGGAUUGCAACAACCUGAGUGGUUGUAGUGUGGUUUUAGUGAAACCGUGUGGAGACUGGAGUUGUUGGCUCAAAAAACAUCCCUUUGAAUAUUACGAGGGGAUGUUGGAGAGGCACAACAUCAUGACUCGAGGAGUAGUUUGGUACUGAGUAAUGAUUAUUGAAUUUGUGUUGAGGAGGCUGAAGUUGUGUCAGGGAAGGGAUUGCUAGUGACCAUCUUAUGCUUAUGAGAACAUCUGGAUAUGUGAGGAGGACUUCUGGGAGAUCAUACACAAAAGUUCUGCAUUUUUAGAGAAAGAGCAAAAGAAUUUUGAUUGAGACAAGCUCACCAUUUAUCUCAUGAAAAAUGCUUGGGUACACGUUUUUUUUGUACACCUUUGACACACUUGUCUGUUCACGCAAACAGAGUUGUGUGUAUAUAAACAAUUUUGUGGGGCUGUUUGAGCUAGGGGUGGACCCGGGCCGGUCCGGUUCCGGUUCCGG